AUGCACCGCUUCGAGAAGAUAGACGACGGCGUCGAGGAUGUGGAGAAGUACCGUCGAGGCGGGUAUCAUCCAGUCCAACUGGGUGAUGUCUUCAACCAGCGAUACAGAGUGAUUGGGAAGUUGGCGUUUGGCCAGUUUUCGACGGUGUGGUUGGCGCGUGAUCAACUACGGCAAGGACAAGUAGCAUUGAAGAUUCUCAAAGCAGAUGCAUCGACGAAUAGCAAUGAAGCGUCUACAUUGCUUGAACUAGCGGAGUCAAGUCAUCCCGGCAAACGACAUGUGAUUGAGCUACUGGAUAGCUUCACGCAUGAUGGACCUAAUGGACGACACUUGUGUCUUGUGCUUCCGGUGAUGGUGUCUGAUGGGCAGGGGAUGGCUGAUGCUGGGAAACCGCAUCAGGUGGGAUGUGUACGGGCGAUUGCGAGACAGCUUGUUUUGGGUCUUGACUUUUUGCAUAGUCUGGGGAUUGUGCAUUGUGACUUACAACCGGCGAAUAUCAUGGUUUCACUGGAUGAAACGAUAUAUACCGAACAGCUCCUAGAGCCCCCUGAAUUCCGACCUGUCAGAUGGCUAGAGGGGAUGGAAAGAGACGACAGCGCUCCAGAGUAUCUGGUGACAUCACAACGACCGCGAGGCCAACUCGACGACGCCGACUUUGCCACGCUGAUGAUCAAAAUUGGCGAUUUGGGGGGAGGAAUCAGAGUGAAAAAUGCACUAUCGACUGCGUCGAGAUGCAAUGAGUGGCCCGUGACGCCGACGGCCAUUGCCGCGCCGGAAUUAGUGAAUCGGGGGAUCUGGGAUGCGAGCAUUGAUAUCUGGGCAUUGGGGUGUUUGGUAUGUCUGAUAUUUCCCUUGAUGCAGAUAUUCGAGCUAGCAACAAACGCCCCAUUAUUCCCACUCCAGUGGCGUGGGCUGACGCCAGAAGAAGUCGACCAAGGCCAUCUAGACCGAGUGGACCGGAUCCUGCAGACAGAUGCAUCAUUCACGCAGCAUCUGACAGAGCGACUGCCGUCCGACUUUGGCACGGAGAAUAUCCAGCAGUUAUCGUCGCUGCUGUUGUUGAUGUUGCAGAAAAACCCGAAGCAGCGGGUUUCCACGGGCGAUUUACUCUGCCAUCCCUUUUUAACGAUCUGA